UUAGAACGCUGAUAUAGGUUCAUGCAUUUCCGCUAUAUUUUUAUGCGAUUCGAGGACAGGCAAAAUGCAUGCGUUGGCAUGAGCGUGACGGAUGUAUAUGGAGAUAAAUGUAAUUGGCACGUGUGAAUGGAAUUUCUGCAGCGAUGGAACGAUGAGUUGCGGAGAUUCACGAUCAUACGAUGUGUUUUCAAUGAUCGCGACAGAGAGCAAUCCCCUCAUAGGAAAGAAAUGGAAGGGGACUAACAAACAAAACCGAUGGAUUUGUUGACUGGUUAGUCAGUGGGCUCGCUCGCUUCGUUUCACUGUACACUUUACGAUGGCUGAGAGUGAGUCAAGCACCAGCAAUGUCGUCACGAUGUUGGAGGAUCUUCUGAGGAUUCUCAAAGAAGAACAUGUUUUCGAUCGAUCCGACGAUCAACGUGUCGUACAAUUUGUGCAUCCCGAAGUGUUACAGGAUAAGAUACCAUUUUCUUUGGAUAAAAAUCCAGUGGAAGAGAAGGAACUCGAAACGUUGAUACGUCAGAUUAUACGGUACUCCGUGAAAACGAGCAAUCCGCAUUUUCAUAAUCAACUCUACGGUGGCGUUGACGAAUACGGGCUAGUUGGCUCCUGGUUAACGGAGGUCUUGAACACUAGCCAGUACACAUUUGAAGUCGCGCCCGUAUUUACUUUAAUAGAGCACGAGGUGAUAAAGAAAUCGUUACAGCUGGUGGGCUAUCCAUCGAUGCCGCUUGCCGAUGGUAUAAUGUGUCCAGGUGGUAGUAUAGCAAACAUGUACGCGAUGAUGAUGGCCAGACAUAUGAGAUUUCCGGAAGCCAAAAGAUCGGGCAUCUGUUGCUUCGGGAAAUCUCUAAUCUGUUUGACCAGCGAAGACGGUCAUUACUCGAUCUCGAAAGCUGCCAAUUGGCUAGGUAUAGGCAUCGAUAAUGUUUGUAAGGUAAAGACAGACGAGUAUGGUCGCAUGAAAGUGGAUGACCUAAAGGAAGUUAUAAAAAAGAUGAAGAAUGACGGACACUUACCGUUUUUCAUAAACGCCACUGCCGGUACUACUGUUCUCGGAGCUAUUGAUCCAUUGCUGGAAAUCGCCGAGAUCUGUCGCAGCGAGAACAUCUGGUUACACGUAGACGCUUGUCUCGGUGGCAGUUUGCUGCUUUCGGAGCAAUAUCGAAGUCGACUACGCGGCAUCGAAUUAUCGAACUCGGUUGCCUGGAAUCCACACAAGAUGCUUGGAGCGCCGCUACAAUGUUCCCUGUUUCUGGUCAAAGGUGAAAAAACAUUGCACAAAGCGAAUUGUUAUAAGGCGUACUAUCUCUUCCAACAGGAUAAAUUUUACGACAUCAGCUGGGAUACAGGUGAUAAAAGCGUGCAAUGCGGCAGAAAGGUCGAUGCAAUGAAAUUUUGGUUAAUGUGGAAAGCUCGCGGCACGAUAGGUCUUGGACUACUGGUGGAUAAUGCAAUGCACUGCGCGGAAUAUUUCUUUAAACGAAUUCAAGAAACUCCUGGCUUCCGGUUGGUGCAAUCUAAUUAUCAGUUGUGCACCGUUUGUUUCUGGUAUAUACCUUCCAAGAUGCUUGGUCAGCCAGAAACUUCAAAUUGGUGGAAGCAGCUGUACAAUACGACAACUGAGAUCAAGAAACGUCUGACUUUGCGCGGAUCUGUCAUGAUCGGUUAUACACCUUUACUGCAUAGGGAGUGCGGCAAUUUCUUUCGUAUGGUCGUGACCUGUCAACCACCGCCCACCGAAUCGUCCAUGGAUUUCGUUAUUAAAGAGAUCCAAGAAGUUGCGUUAAAGUUAGAUGAAGAAUCAUUGUCUUAAUCUCUUCCGCUCACGAGCUUCAUAUAACGAGAUAUUAAAGACUCAUCUUUCUUAUCGAGAAUAUAGGAAUAUUAUUUAUUCAGUAUUAAUUUCUAAAACUGUUAAAAAGGAGAAUAUUUAUUUAUUGCAAAUGAAUGCGCGAAUAAAUGCAUCGCAUACAGUACUUAUUAAUCGCAUAUACACGUGACCUUGAUAACGGGUACUUUAUCUUAUACAGCAUCACACGUUAUGUCAAAGAUUCCUAUAUCUUUUGCAUAUUAUCUUACAUUCUUUCCAUAGCAUUACAUGAUUGUCUCGUACGUAGGAGAUAAUUAACGCGCGAUCGAAAACUUUUAAUUUAGCAUCUUGGAAGACAUUCUUCUAAGUUCCAAAUGAGAAAUUUUGCUCAUCGCGGCAAGCAAAGAGGUAAAUUAUUCUAAUGGUCGCAUGCAUACACGCGACUCAAUGUGAGCCAAUAUAAACGCAAUCGUCGCGCAACGUAUGUGUUUAUUGUUACACAUAUAUUUUACACGCAUAUGAUGUACGCACAUUUGUUCCAUCGUCAUAAAACUAAGAAGAUGCAUUUUUAUAUACAACUCCGUAUCAUGGCACUACAUUAUUCGAUAUAAAAUAUUCGAUAAUUCUCCUAAAUAAGAACAUAAAAGACAAACUUUCUUUCUUCAAGACGAAUAUAUAUAACACAUUUUG